CCCUUCCCCCUGUUCCCCCACCUCGCCAUCCGAGGCCCGCCUCCUUCGUCCCACUCUCAUUUUUGCCCUGUCGCCGUGGCGAUAGGGUUCCGCGCGGUCACGGCCUUCGCCGGCGCGACAGAUCCGUGUGUGGUGUUGAUUCUUGCGGUGGUGGUGGUGGUGGUGGUGGUGGUGGCGGUUCUUGUUCUUUCGACAUGGUGGCCUUCUACGGAGAUGGAGGAUGCCUCGUCUCGGCGCCGGCGGAGCUGGCCGGGAUGUUUGGCCGGCGCGGCGGGGUGCAGCCGCAGCAGCAGCAGAGGAAGCGGUCGCUGGUGGCUGCGACGGCGGUUGCGGCGGCGGCGGCGGCGGCGGAGUGCGUGAGGGCGGCCAAGAAGCAGAGGCAGCUGCUCUCGCAGCAGCCGCAGCGGCCGUCGCUCGACGCGCUCCCCGACGAGUGCCUCUUCGAGGUGCUGCGCCGCCUCCCCGGCGGCCGCGAGCGGGGCGCCUCCGCGUGCGUCUCCCGCCGCUGGCUCGGCCUGCUCUGCAGCAUCCGGGCGUCCGAGCUCAACCAGGCCGCCGCGGCGGCGGCGGCGCCCGCGCCGUCCCUGCCCGACCUCAACGAGGAGUUUGUCAUGGAGGAGGAGGAGAAGGACGAGUCUCCCGUGGUGGAUCCGUGCGCCGAGAGGGUCCUCGAGGGCAAGGAGGCCACAGACAUCCGCCUUGCCGCCAUGGCGGUCGUCGCCGGGUCUCGCCGCGGCCUGGAGAAGCUCGCCGUCCGCGGGAGCCACCCGACGCGCGGCGUCACCGACCAGGGCCUCCUGGCGGUUGCCCGCGGCAGCCCCAACCUCUGCUCGCUCGCCCUGUGGGAUGUGCCGCUCGUGACCGACGCCGGGCUCGCCGAGAUCGCCGCCGGGUGCCCCUCGCUGGAGCGCCUGGAUAUCACCCGCUGCCCGCUCAUCACAGACAAGGGCCUCACCGCGGUUGCGCAGGGUUGCCCCAACCUGCUGUCUCUGACCGUCGAGUCGUGCCCCGGUGUCGGCAACGAUGGCCUCAGGGCAAUUGGCCGGUGCUGCUCCAAGCUUCAGGCCUUGAACAUCAAGAAUUGCGCUCUUGUUGGGGACCAGGGCAUCUCCAGCGUCGUGUGCGCCGCUACCGCCUCGCUGACCAAGAUCAGGCUCCAGGGGUUGAACAUCACCGAUGCUUCGCUUGCCGUGAUUGGGUACUACGGGAAGGCUGUCACAGAUCUCACCCUUGUCCGCCUCUCGGCCGUCGCGGAGAGAGGGUUUUGGGUGAUGGCUAAUGCUGCCGGGCUGCAGAACCUGAGGUGCAUGAGUGUCAUCUCUUGUCCUGGGGUCACCAAUCUCGCGCUUGCUUCAAUCGCCAAGUUCUGCCCGAGCUUGAGACAGCUUUCGCUCAGGAAGUGCGGACACAUGACUGAUGCUGGCCUUAAGGCUUUCACAGAUUCAGCAAGGUUGUUGGAGAGCUUGCAGCUUGAGGAGUGCAAUGGGGUUACUCUUGUUGGUAUUCUUGCUUUUCUUGUCAACUGCGGCCAUAAGUUCAGGUCUCUCUCCUUGGUGAAGUGCAUGGGAAUCAAGGACAUCAGCUCUAUGCCUGCGCAGCUUCCUCUGUGCAAAUCACUCCAGUUCCUGACCAUCAAGGAUUGCCCAGGUUUCACUGAUGCAAGCUUGGCUGUGGUGGGGAUGGUUUGCCCUUACUUGGAACAGGUUGAUUUGAGUGGUCUCCGGGAGGUCACUGACCGUGGGCUUCUUCCAUUGAUCAACUCUUCUGAGGGUGGUCUAGUCAAGGUUGACCUGAGUGGUUGCAAGAACAUCACAGAUGCAGCUGUUUCUGCCCUGGUGAAGGGACAUGGAAAAUCUCUUAAGCAAGUUAGUCUUGAGGGCUGCGGCAAGAUAACUGAUGCAAGCCUCUUGGCCAUUUCUGAGAAUUGCAGUGAACUUGCUGAGCUUGAUCUUUCAAAGUGCAUGGUCAGCGACAAUGGUGUUGCGAUGCUAGCAUCAGCAAAGCACCUCAAGCUUCGUGUACUGUCACUGUCUGGUUGUUCAAAGGUUACUCAGAAGAUUGUGCCAUUCUUGGGUAACAUGGGACAGUCUUUGGAGGGUCUCAAUCUUCAGUUCUGCAACAUGAUCGGCAACCACAACAUUGCAUCUUUGGAGAAGCAGCUCUGGUGGUGCGACAUUCUUGCAUAGGCAGACAAGAUGGUUCAUUGCUGGAGGGCUUCAUCUGCUGGGUGAGCCACCUCCAGAUGCAGAUAUAUGUCCUUAGAAGUAGCGCAACCAGUCAUUCGCCGCUCUAGUCAUGUUUUCGGCUAGUGCAUGAGUCAUGGUGGGUUCUGGAUUUGUUCGAGGACCAGUUGUUUCCGAGGGGCGCUUUCUGCCAAGUGCUCGUUUUUCACAGACCGCCUCAAGAGGUGAUCUGUUUUUUGAGCCUUCGGCUGCCAUCGCUGGCAUCCUGCCCCUCUACUCAAAGACAUUGGUCCUUGCCGCUAUAGUCACAACACCAUGAUGGUUUUUUAGGUUGCCCAAGUGUCCAUGUCCUUUUUCUUUACUGCGUCCUAGUCAUGAAGUUGCCAGCACCGGCACCGGGAGCUGUCGGUGUCACCGGUAAUCGGCAGCGCCGGUGUCCUGGCUGCCGACAUCGCUGGAGUGCCGGUGGACUUUGCCCAGUGUGUAUGGUUACUGAGUAUCUGUUGGAGUCUUUGAGGUGAUGUGUGAUGCUGUUCUUCAGUAGUGUGUAAGGGUCAUGGAGGGUUGAAUUUUUGUUACAGGUACUCUUGGGAAUGCCUGGUGUUGGGGGAUCUGGCCAUUGCAAGGCGCAUACUAGAGCCUUGCCAUGACAACCUUGUAUGGUUGUUUUUUUUCACCAGAUCCCUGAUUUUUUACCGGCAUAUUGUUGAGUACUGUAAUCUUUGCAACCUUCUCAGAAUAAAUUAUGUGCUUAUGUGAAAA